GACAAGAGAGAAUCUCCCAGACCGUCAGCCCGCGGAGCGACCAUCACGCACAGGAGGCGAAGAAAGACCCGAAAACACUCGGAAAGUGAAUUAAAAACCUCCCGGACCACACAAACACCAAGAAGACAAGAUGGUGGCCAAGCAGAGGAUCCGAAUGGCGAACGAGAAACACAGCAAGAACAUCACUCUGCGAGGAAACGUGGCCAAGACAACGAGGAACGCCAGCGAUGAUAAAGGAGUUGGUCCCUGGCUGCUCGCACUCUUCAUCUUCGUCGUCUGUGGAUCCGCCAUCUUCCAGAUCAUCCAGAGCAUCAGGAUGGGCAUGUAGUGAUGUCACCGUGAUGUCACAGCAGGGGGGGCGGAGCCUCGACGUCGAGCGGCUGACAAACCCCGAAACAACAUCUUCAGACUGCAGCGCGUCGCGUCUCUCCCACAGGCCCUGAACGCACCGCGACAUUCCUGAACUCUGGCAGCCUAUCCUGCACACACACCAAUCAACAACACACACACACUGGCCCCUCCCCACACACACACACACACACACACACAGACACACACACACACACACACAGACACACACACACACACACACACACACACCCCGUCCUGCCGUUAUCUGCGUUGGUUCAGCGUGACCUUCUCACGUCUCUGGAAACAGAGGCACAUGUGCCUUCUUCUCUCUGCUGAUCUGAAGCCCCGCCCCCUCCCUCUGAUGACAGCCUAUCAGAGGGAGGGAGGGGGGCUGGGGGGCGGGGCUAAAGUCCAAACUGCUCCCCCGUGUGAUAAGGUUGUAGAAUCUGGCGAUAGAUAAGAUGAUUAAACGGUAGAAUGUGUUCUCAGUAUUCAGAUAAUCCUCUCCAGACCAAACUCACAUUCCAGCUGAUCUCAGAUCAGCUGAUCUCUGAUCUCAGCGCUGAUCUGACAUCUCUGAGAUCUGAUCGGAUCUCAGAGAUGUCAGAUCAGCGCUGAGAUCAGAGAUCAGUUCCUCUGUUUGGAGCCUUUUUUAUGGUUUUUGUUGCCCUGUUGUUAAAGCUGGAUGAUGUCAUCAUUAAUAACGCGACAGAGUGACAGAGAAACAUUUUAAAAAGACACAAACGUUGAAAAAGAAGUCAACUUUUUUAUUUUAAUUUUUCCGACAUUUUUGUUGUUUUUCCAACUUUCUGGAGACUCUCUCUCUCCAGCUGUGUCUGAUCUCCUCUCCCUCCUCUUCUCCCUCCUCCUCCUCCUCCUCUUCCUCAGUGAAAGCGAUGCGAUUGGCUCUUUUGAAUCAGAAGGUGUGGUCGUUGUGGGCGUGUCUGCACCGUGUGCAGUGUCGCCUCAACUUCCUGUUUCACUCAAUAAAGUUUCAUUGUGGAGA